GUUGGGCCUUCAGCUCGAAAGAAAUAGUCGGCGUUUUCGCGAGGAAGACUGAAAACUUGGUUCUCGUGUGCGGCGGCGGCAGAUCGAGGACAUUGGCGGCGGCGGCAGAUCGUCUGAACCAGGUUUUUGCAUUUGUUGCUAUCUUAUGGACGACAAGAGUAACGUGAAGAAGGAAAUAGAUGGCUCCCUUGCGCCCCGUCCUCGCAAGGGGGGACUUAAAUUCGCACCCAAAAAGCCUCCAAAGAAACCUGCAAAGGUUGUCCCAAAAACGGAGCCUGUUGAGGAGAGCAAGGAUGAAAUCAUUGAUAAGGAAUUGUUGAUGAAACUGAAGACAUCACAGAGCACUGAUCCCUUUGGAAGAAGACCUAAGGUUGAGAAAAAAGAAAUCAAUACACAGGUUGCAUUUGGGCAAGGGAACUCUUCGUACGCAAGAUCUUUUCCUACGCGGAAGUAUUCGGCAGCGCCAAAAGCACCAAAAGAAUAUGUGGAUCCAUGGGAUUAUACCCAUAGCGACUAUCCUAUAACUCUCCCACUUAGGAGGCCCUACUCUGGAGAUCCUGAGAUUCUUGAUGAAGAGGAGUUUGGAGAGAAAUCGGCCAGCAGAGCUCAGGAUGGCGAAUUAACUGCAGCAGAAGAACUUGGAUUAAUGGAUUGGUCCGACACACCACAGUUACUCUUCUUCCAGUUACCUGCGUCUCUUCCUUUACCAAAGCAAAUGGAAUCUGUUGAAGAACCAAAUACUGGCUCUGAGGAGAAUGUUGAACCUGCCACAAGCUCUAAAGUGGCACGUGGGCAGACACUCCCUGGCUCUAAGAUCAAAGAUCUGCCAGGAGGUCUCAUGGGGAAGAUACUCGUUUAUAAAAGCGGUAAAGUGAAGAUGAAGAUAGGAGAUGCACUGUUUGAUGUAUCUCCCGGUUCAAAUUGCAUGUUUGUCCAGGAGGCUGUGGCGGUUAACACCAGAGAAAAUCAUUGCUGCACCCUGGGAGAGGUCAGUAAGCGCGCGGUUAUUACCCCGGACGUUGGCUAUCUGCUGGGCUCUACUGACAAGAUGGAAGAAUAAGUCCAUGUUUGCAUGGAAUAUUGUUCAGGAGAACAACCUGCAUGAAAAAACGUCACAUUUUGUUACGGAUGGAGUAACAAAAGAUGGGAUUAAGGACCCUGCUUAGUUGUUGUUCUGAGACAGCUAAGAUAUGAUGACCCUGUCUGUCAAAGAUUUUAUGAUGAGCAAUGUCAUGGCGGUAUGACGGAUUCCAUCCGAAUUCGGUACGAUAUAUUUGUCUGACCCGCUGGAUCCUCACCUCCUUUUAAUCUGUGUUGCUCAGAAAUACAGUAUCCUACAAUUUCGUUUGUGCAUGUGCUCAAAACAUAUUUUCUUUUGUUCCUUGCGUGGUUCGUAUAAUUGCACAAAGAUGAUUUUUUAUUUUAAAAAAGGAGUCAUAACUA